GCGCGCGGAGAAGCGCUGAGGGAAAACCGCCCGGAGGGAGAUCCGCCCCCCUCGGCGGGGCUGCUUAACAGGAAGCGGCUUUUCCCGCGCGCUGGCCCUCGCGGGCGCUUCUGGACUUAAAACUACCCGGCCAACGGCUCCUUGGCACCCCUUCGGCGAGCGCUGCUCAUAAUGCAGUACUGAUGAUGGAGGGGAAAAGGCGGGAAUCUGCGGAGGGGGAAGCUGAAACAGCUACCAAGAUGAAAAUUGGCCCAGGACAAAUAGAUGUCUCUACAGAGAUCAAAUACUACCAAUCUGAAAGUUUAACUGUACCUAUGGAAAGUCAUAUAACUUUUAGUAGAAUUUCAAGAAUAGAUAAUGGACUUGUGAAGACCUUUAAUUCCGAAAUUCUUAGUCCAAAGAAAGAUUUAAUUAAUAAACCAGUUGAAGAAGAAUUCUAUUCCAGUCAAGAUACCUGCUUGAGUUCUAUGGCUGAAGCUGCGCUGAAUCGCGGGAAACAUACUCUGAAUAGAGAAAAUGAACAUGCAAUGUUUGAAGUUAAAAUGCAGCCAUGUACACAAGAGUUUUGUGAUGAAGUCCUUGGAAAAUAUCAGAAAUUACCAGAAGCGACUCUUUCAGAAGUGACAACAUGUGCAUAUUUACCACAGUUGCAACUGUGCUCACAGAAUAUCCAUUUUCCAUCUUCCCUAAUGGCAGAACAUAGAGGUUCCAUGCUAUCUCUUGGCACCAGUACUGCUGAUGGAGCAGUCAAUACAAAUGUAGAAAUGAUACCAGUAUUGAGAACAAUAACUUCAACUGCAGAUGCAAAAAACUGUGUUUCUUGUGACCAAAUCAAAGGAAUUAUUAAUAGUUCUACAAUGUCACAAGCCAUACCAGAGUGUUCUGGUGAAUCAUGCAACGGUAUCACUGUUUUAUCUCAGGAUACUGCUGCUGUUUGUGAUGAGAUUGCUGAGGUCAGAGAAGCAGUUGUUAGCAUUACAGCUAAUAAUUCAGAUGAAGCAGUUUUUCAAAAUUCAAAUGGUGAAGAAAUCAGCCAUAACCUAGCAGCUUCACAAAAUGCAAUGGAGGAACCUACCUGUUCACAGAGAAAUUAUGCCAGUCCUCAAGUGAUCAUCUGCCAGUUGAAGGGUGGUACUCAUAUACUUUGUAUAAACAAUACAGACACAAGAGAAUUAAAAGCAGUUCAUUUGGUCCCCCAGUAUCAAGACCAGCCUAAGUAUCCUCAGACAGAUGCAAGUAAUUCUGUAACAUCUGUACUGGGACAGUUUUUACCAGUUGGAGGUAAACUGAAUGUCUGUGCACAAGAGCUUGAUAAUGGAUCCAUAUAUACAUGCCAUUCAGAUAAAAAUCUUCCAGAGCCAACAAAACUGACCUUAGUUGGGUUACCUUGCAGCUCCUGGGAUACAAAGUCAAAAAAGCCUUGCAACUGCACUAAAUCGCAGUGUCUCAAAUUAUACUGUGAUUGCUUUGCCAAUGGUGAUUUCUGCAGUAACUGCAACUGCAAUAAUUGUUAUAACAAUCCACAGCAUGAACUAGAGAGGAUUAAGGCAAUUAAGGCUUGUCUUGACAGAAAUCCAGAAGCUUUCCUGCCAAAGAUUGGAAAAGGGAAACUAGGAGAUAUCAAGCCCAGACAUAAUAAAGGAUGUAAUUGUAAGCGGUCAGGGUGCCUAAAAAAUUACUGUGAAUGCUUUGAGGCUAAAAUCAUGUGUUCAUCAAUCUGCAAGUGUGUUGGUUGCAAAAAUUAUGAAGAAAGCCCAGAUCGAAAAACACUAAUGAAUAUACCAAACUAUAUGGAAAUUAAAAGUUAUGAAGGAAAUGACUCUGUAUCAUUUUCUAAUUUUGAAAUAUUAUCAAAAAGCAGAAAAGACAGGCAGUCUAGUACGUGUAUAUCAUGGGAAGUGGUUGAGGCAACGUGUGCCUGUCUUCUUGCUCAAGCUGAAGAGGCAGAAAAAGAAGCUUACUCUAUUUGCCUAGCAGAACAAAUGAUCUUAGAAGAAUUUGGAAGAUGCUUAUCACAGAUUCUGCACUCUGAAUUUAAAUCCAAAGGGCUGAAAGUUGAAUAAUCUGCUUUAGAUACAAAUGCACAAUGAACUGCAGUACUGCUUGAAAUAGCCUUUGGCGUUGAUAACAUUUAUAAAAAAUAACUUACCAUUCUUAUUUUCAUAUCAUUGCUACUUUUUAUUUCCAUAUAGUGCUAGUUUACACAGUAGUGGCCAGCAAAGCAGGAGGGAGCUGCAUUGCUUACCUGGCUUCCCAAUCCAAAGGUCAUUGUAAGUAACCAAGAGGGGGAGUGGGGCAGCAGUGGGGAGGUCAACAUGGUGCAGGCUAAUAUUCCAGAUUAACAGUAUAAUUAAAAGCAUGUAAACUAAAUUAUUUUGGUUUAUAAAUUAACAUUUCUCAUUUUUCUGCUACUAUAGGCCCAACUAGAUUAACAAACACAGAUUUAGAUGUAUUCCAGAUAACUGGCUUGUAGAAAACACAUUAUAUAAUUUCUAAAUUAUUCUGAAUUAAAUUUGAUUAGAUGCAAGCUCAAUAUGUGAAAAUAAUUCCUAGUUAAAAUAUUUUUGUUUGAGUCAAGGACACUCACUCAAAACUUCCCUCCAAGUUUAAUCAUUUCACAGAUUUCAAUGAAAAUUAGCCUGAUUAAUGGUGUCGUAAAAAUGGGAGUGCCUCAGAUGUAAUUUGGUUUCUAUUUAUCUUAAUGUUGAUUUGUUUUAAAAGAUUGCUUUCCAUUUACUGUACUUUACUGGUUUUGUAAUGAUGAAAACUGAUAGAAAUUUUAGCUAAUGGAACCCUUUAUUAAUAAUUUUUCUUGUGCUAAAAGAGGAACAUGCAGUAGAUGUGAAAGUAAAACAUUGAAUUCAUGACAUUUGAGUCACAAUCCGAAUGAUUUGCACCUCUGCGUGGCAAAACUUGCAUUAAAGUUAGUGUUUAGUUAAUAUA